UGGCUGGAUUUUUCUUGCAGUUGCUAUUGACUUCUUGGAAGCAGCACAACGCGGGAAACUAAUUUUAGAUUUGUUGAAAAAUCUAGAAUGAAAACGUUAAUAUAAUCGGACCGCAUUUUGAAUCAUUUAAAUUUUCGAGUGGUUUAAAAAGUGAUCGAACAUCAAUGAAGCGUGUAUAUCAAUAAAACGUAAAAUAUAUUCAAAUAAGAAACCGUUUGACAAAAUCGUGGAGAAUAUAUGUAAAAUAAUGCGUCAAAAAUUCUGAAUAUUUUCCCAGUUGUUGCCAUUGAAUGUGUUAGAUUUUAUUUUUCAAAUUACGUCGUAUUUAACAAUACUCAAUCAUAUUAAUAAAACGUAAAAUAUAUUCAAAAAAGAAACCGUUUGACAAAAUCAUGGAGUACAUGUGUAAAAUAAUGCCUCAAAAAUUCUGAUAAAAAGAAAAAAAAAUUUUUUCCAGUUUUUGCCAUUGAAUGUGUGAGAGUUUAUUUUUCAAAUUACGUCGUAUUAAACAAAACUCGAAAAGCUUCCAAAACGUAUACAUUUGACUUGUAAAUUCACAAUUAAAUAAUAUCCCAUAGAUAAUGUAAAUCUUAUUUGAAUAUUUCAAAUUUCUCUCAGUAUGUUAAUUUUAAAUCGAAAAUCUAACUCUACAUUUCAAAAAACCGUGAAAGUGUUAUUUGCAAUUUCUUUGGUAACUCUAUUAACCGUGUAUAACAAUGAAACAUAUAAUAUAUUCAAUGAAAUCCGUUGGAAACAUUUCAAAUUCAAUGGCAAACCAAACCAUAAUAAAAUGACGACAACACAACCACUUAAAGUGCCCAACGGAUAUUUAGUGUGGAGUGAAAACUGUCAUAUGCCAUCGAUAGAUCCAUUUUUACCCGAUUACCAGGAGACAAUGACAGAAUCACUGGCCGCUAGAUCUGUUCCCAAUUGCACAGACAACGAGCUAUUGGUGACGAAAGAGUACGAUGUCGCGUUGCAAUUGUACACUCUGCACAUUAAUGAGGCUCCGAGAGAUGUUUAUCUAAAUGAUACCGAUGAUGAAGAUAUUAAUUGCUGCUAUACAAGAAUUAUGCGAGAUGGCGAAGAAGGUUAUGGCUGGUGGGAAUGUAUGCCAUUUGGUGAAAAUUACCCAGUACCAGGGGAGGUCGACUAUGCCUUGAUCGAGUGCAAUGGGACAAUGGAAACACCAACCUUCUAUCAGGAUGGUAUGAGUUUUAUUCAGCAACGCGAUGACAUAAAUGAGAGAUUUGAAAACAAAAGCAACAACAAUUUGAGACAAUUCGGCAUUUUAUUGUUUGGCAUCGACACCAUGUCACAAUUCAAUAUUCGUCGCAUAAUGCCGGCAACAUUUGCAUACAUAAACAAUCAUCAAUGGUUCGAGAUGUCUGGUUAUAAUAAGAUUGACGACAACACAUUUCCCAACAUUAUGGCCAUAUUUACAGGUAUGAAUUUGGAAACUGCGCAGGAACGUUGCCACUAUGAUGAAGAAGGUGGUCUGGACAAUUGUACGACACUUUUCAAUUGGUUCAAAGAACAGGAUUUUGCCACCGCCUAUUCGGAAGAUGCUUGUUGGAUGAGCACAUUCGACUAUUUAAAACCGGGAUUUAUGGAACCGCCAACGGAUUAUUACCAGCGUCCGUUGCUUUUGGCCAUCGAGGAGAAGUUGCAAGCCCAAGAAUUGUCCGGUCUGAAAUAUUGCAUUGGUCCACGAAGAUAUGGCGAAUAUGUCUAUGACUUUGGUGUGGAAUUUGCCGAACGAUAUUUGGGGAAAUCCAUCUUUGGUCUCUUCUGGACAAAUUCGUUCAGUCACAAUGAUUGGAUUGAUCCCGCCACAAUGGACGAACGAAUGGUUGAAUAUUUCAAAUACAUGGACAAGUCGGGAAUUUUCGAUAACAACAUUGUCAUAUUCUUUAGUGAUCAUGGUGCUCGUUGGGGCUUUUUGAGGGGGCAGAAAGAGGGCUAUGUUGAAGAACGGUUGCCAAUGUUUUUUAUGCGGGUGCCACAAUGGUUUCAAACACAGCAUCCGGACAUUGUCGAGGCACUGAGAUUGAAUAAGAAUCGGUUAACCAGCCCCUACGACGUUCAUGUUACGCUGAAACACUUGGCCCUAUUGUCUCUGGGUAGAAACGGAACAAUAGAACUGCCCAGUAGUUGUCCCACCUGUCAGACACUUCUGCAACCUGUCCCCCACAAUCGCACAUGUUCCAUGGCGGGCAUUGAGGAUCAUUGGUGUACGUGUAUACCAUUCGAAAGUACCGAUAAAGAUUCCGAUGAAAUGAAAUCUAUUGCCAAUUUAGUUAUAGAAAAAAUGAAUAAGUAUCUUCAGGAUAGCGUCUAUGCCAUGCACUGUGUAUCCUUGACGUUGGAUCACAUCAUUGAGUCGAAUCUGAAAUUGGAUUUACACACGGAUGUUCAUAAAAAUCGAAUACAGGAAUAUCGUAUAAAUUUCGUUGUAGAUCCCAAUGAGGCGGAAUUUGAGGCCACCUUUUUGUAUGACACAAAAACGAAGGCGGUUCUUGUCGAUGUCACGGAAAUCAGUCGCUUGAAUCGUUAUGCCGAGGAUUCGACAUGUGUAGACGAUAAUAUUGUUAAGAAGUAUUGUAUAUGUAGUGAUAAUGUAAGAGAGAAGGCUGAUGAUUGAGGUUUCUUUGAGCAAACGUGUUUUAUGUUUGCCACGAAAUCAAUAAAUACAGUUUUAAGAAAAGUUGCCAAAGUUUUUUGG